AUGCGCACGGAGGUUAUCAAGGCAGACACCAUUGAUGUGGCCGUUGAAGGAAUUCUCAAUGAACUCAAUAAAAGUAGACAGAACAUCAUCUACUUCGAUGGCUGGGAAGGACUGGGGGCAUCUGCCGUCCUGCAAGUCAUAGCUCGGCGCUUGGAAUUAAAGGAACCGACUAGGCCUCCUGGACUGGAUUUUGAGCAAGUCAUCCACAUCGACUGCUCAAAGUGGGAGAGCACAAGAGCACUCCAGAGAGAAAUCGCAGAGCAGCUGAAGCUUUCCAAUUGGGUGAUGAAGAUGUUUGACAAGCAGGAUGAGGAGGAUGAUUUCAAUGGGACUACUGAUCAAGGCUCUCGCACUGAGAUAGCAGAUGUUGCGGCAGAGAUCCAGAGGAGCAUGCAGGGCCGCAGGUUUUUGUUGGUUUUUCACAAUGGAAGCAAUGAGGAGAUUGACAUAUCCAGAAUUGGUCUUUCGGUAUACCCCUAUUUGACCAACAAGGUGAUAUGGACCUUCCAAGGGAGGUUUAGGAUGGACCCCAAGAUGAAAGACAAGGUCAUGAAGAACACAACAGAUGUUCUUCUCUCAGCUUCAUGCUAUAAGAAAGAUCGAGAAGAGCUCUGGUCCUAUCUACUACAUCAAGAGGCUACACAAGUUGCUUGCAAGCAUGACAUCAGUCCUGCAAUAGUUGUCGAGUGUUUCUUGUAUUUGUUGGGACUAAAUUGCAUCCGCGGCCAUCUUGUGGACACUGAGUAUGAUUUGGCUAUACAUACUUGCAACUAUUGGAUAUGUGAUCGUAUCAUACAGAAAAUCCCAGAUAGUGGUGAAGAAGCAUGGCAAGUUGGUCAGACACUCCAGGGUGAGAUCCGACUGGGUAUGUGUUACCAGCAGAAUGAUUUGACCCCUCACUUGGUAAUGCAUACUGAGAAAAGGCCACACUGGACUUCACCAGCUUAUGGAUAUGUACUGGUUCCGGCUGGAGUUGUCCCUAGUAGAAUGUUUCAACAUAUUGACAAGCUUGGCGUGAUAUCAAGGUGUAGCUUCAGCUUUUCAUGGCCCCCGUUUAUGUGGUGCCACGGCCUUAGAUUUCUAUGGCUUGACCACUGCCAAGACUUAAGAUCCACAGAUGCAGAAUGGAGGAAAGAUGAGGAAGACACCACUAGGUCGUGGGCAUGCUUCCAAAGCUUGUGGGUUCUUGACUUGCGCUACACUGAUUGUGAUUGGAUUUUGUCCGCAAGGGUGAUGGAUCUCAUGACCCAGCUCAGGGAGCUAAACGUAAUGGGAGCUGAGAAUUGGGACAUGAGCCAUUUACGGGGACGGUUAUGUAACAUUCGCAAGCUUCGGGUAAGAAAGUCCACUUGCUUCUUCAGCAAUAAUGUGUUCUCUGAGAUGGACAGUAUGGAACUUCUUGAUUUUUCAGGAAAUACCAUCACACAAGGCAUGACAAGCUUAUCUGGGCCAGCCAGCAACAGUAGCCUGAAGUGCGUCACUAUUGAUGGAUGUGAUGGUUUAAAAAUCAUCUCUUUCAGGGGCUGCAAAGAAUUGGCGAACGUGUUCUUGAAAGGAUUAUUGAGGGGUCUUGAGGAGCUGGAACUCUCAGGCACAAGAGUGAAAACCCUCAACCUGACUGGAGUGGAAGCCAGAUCACUCCCCAAGCGGAUCAUCCUGCUAGGCUGCGAGAAGCUCCGUGCAAUAUUGUGGCCACCAAGUGUGACACAGUAUCAGUUGCCCAAUGUGCUGCACAUUGACACCACACCUCCAUCAGCAACAGCUUACGGAGGGGAGGCACCACUUGUGCAUCCACAUGUUGGUCUAUCCCUCCAACAGCAGAAAGAAGAAAUAUUUAAGAGUGGAUGGCGAAUUCGUGUCACGGAUGCAAGGCUCCUUAGGUCCCUCUCUGCUGGAUUCUCAGCCCUACAUAUUGAUAUAUGUACGGCAGCUGUUGUUGGUGGUAGCAACAUCCAAGGAACAAGCAGUAACAAACUAGUGCAAGUCCAACCACAUACAAGCAUCUUAAUGCACUCGAAGUACAGUGAUACCUUUGGUAAUGACACAGUUGCUGCAGUGAUUAUGGAGGACUGUCCCAAGAUAUGGCAGUCUUUCACCAUACAUACAUGUUUCAUGAAGGUGAUGAUGCACGGGCAGGGCAACAAACUCUUGGAGGAUGCUGUUGGUGCUAGUACUAGUGCUUUGUUAUUGCCCAAGUGUAUAUGUGACUUGGUUACAUCGCUGCACGUGUAUGAUAACUUGUCCAUCACUAGCAUCCCUGGACCUCCCCAAGGAUCAGGAUGGCAUAGACUAAGAUGGUGCCGCGUGGAGAGAUGCCCCAGGUUACACACAGUCUUCACUGUCCCCCAUGGCACUAGCGAGGACCUUGGCGAGGACAGCUUUCGGGAUCUGGAAACAUUAUCGGCGUCCAAGCUCCUCUAUGCACUAUACAUCUGGGACAGGCAAGUUGAAAAAGGUUAUUUGAAUUCCCUGGUGUUAUUGCACCUGGACCACUGCCCCAGGCUCGUACAUGUGCUCCCCUUCGCCAUACGGACAAAACACACCUUGUAUUACCUUGAGACCCUUGAGAUAGUGUACUGCGGUGACCUCAAGGAGGUAUUCCCUCUCCCUUUGAGCCCUGAGCUUCAAGAGCAGAAUAAAAUUCUAGAAUUCCCCAGUUUGAAGCGCAUCCACCUGCAUGAGCUCCCAAAGUUGCAGCGCAUCUAUGGGCGUAGUAUAUCUGCACCUUACCUUGAGACCGUCAAGAUCAGGGGCUGCUGGAGCCUUAGGCGUCCUCCUGCCGUCGGACGCUACACCGAGCCGCCCAAGGUGGAGUGCGAGAAGGAAUGGUGGGACAACCUAGAGUGGGACGGGUUGGAAGAGUACCACCAUCCUUCGCUCUACGAGCCGACCCACUCGUUGUACUACAAGAAGGCCCAGCUGCCAAGAGGCACAGUACUCUGGUAA